ACAAGAGGAGGCGCCAAAACCCAAAAAGGCGUGAAUAUUUACCUUAGCAGGACGAUUUUGUGGAUAAGGAAAACAGGCCGAGUUCCAUUCUAUAACACUAUAGCAAAUUAGUAUUCUCCAUUGCAUUUGCUACAUUUUGUUAGUACAUAAAUAUGGCAGCUGCAGCUGCAACCUGCUGGUUCUCUGCCGGCACUUCACUAUACUCUCUAACGUCCUACCGCUUCUCAACACCCAUAAGACCUCCUCCUUCUUCUUCUCCAUUUAUUCCUAAAGCUGUACAUCAAAAUCAAUAUCAAAAGAAGGGUCUCAAGAAUUCCACCUCAGAGAAAGCAGUUGGUAAGCAGAACUUCCCAUGGAGAUCAAAAGACGAAAGGCUAUUGGCAAAUAAAGAUGGUAGAAGUAGUAAAAACGAAGCAGGGCGAUCUCAAUCAACUGCAUUUAAAUUAUCUGGUCAGCAGAGGAAAGGAGCAGGAAAGGGAGCUGUAUUUGAGUCAAAGGAGCAGCAGGUAGAAAUUGGUAUCAUUGAAGAUGCAACUUUUAUGAAUGCUGUUGUGAAGGUUUACUGUACACACACCGCUCCAGAUUAUUCCCUCCCUUGGCAGAAACAAAGACAAUUUGCAAGUACAGGAAGUGCUUUCAUGAUUGGUGAUGGGAAACUCUUGACAAAUGCACAUUGUGUUGAACAUCAUACCCAGGUUAAAGUGAAGAGAAGGGGAGAUGACACCAAGUAUAUUGCCAAGGUAUGCUUUCCAUGGUGAUUUGUCAAUGCCUAU